AUGAUGAAUAAUUUUUUUAUAAAAAAGCCUAAAUUAAAUUUAUUGGAAAAUGAAGUCGAAGACACACCACAUACAUCAAGUUUAUGUCCAGAGUUGAACAAUGAAACAUCUACCUCAAACGUUAAUAUUUAUGAUAUUGGGAAAUAUUUGAAUCAAACUGUAAGUAACGAAUUGAAGUAUAAAUUAUUAGUAAAUAAAUGGACACCCGAUGAAACUUAUAAAUUUCCCAUAGUUGGAAAAAGAAAUUUAAAAUUCCAGUUUAAUUGGUUUAAACGAUUUUCUUGGCUUGCUUACACAACAAUAGGCGAACAAGGAGCAAUGUGCACGUUUUGUGUUUUAUUUGCCAGGGAUUUCGGAGGAAAGGGAAAUCAUCAACAAUUAGGAAUCUUAGUUAAUAAGCCAUUUAAUAAUUGGAAAAAAGCUAUUGAAACUUUAUCCCAUCAUAGCACAACACAGUUUCAUAAAAAUAGUGUAAUAUUUGGUGAAAAUUUUAUUAACACGUAUACCAAACUUCAACCAGAUAUUCGACAACAACUCGAUUCCUUAGCACUUCGAGGGCGAAAUGAUUCGGGUCCUCUUGAUUUAAAUAUUGUUGAACCUGAUCAUAAUGAUGGUAAUUUAAGAGCACUGUUGCGUAUGCGAAUUUCAUGCGGAGACAAACAAUUAAUUAAUCAUAUUGAAAAUCAGUCUUUAAACGCUAUAUACAUAAGUCCUACGAAGUCGUUUUCGGUUCUCGUUGACGAAACUACCGACAUAUCACGCAUAGAACAAUUGACUCUUUGUAUUAGAUAUAUAGAUUCAGUAGAGACAACUAAUACUAUUAAUUAUGUUUUACGUGAAGACUUUUUACAAUUUGUACCGGUUCACAGCACUACUGGUCAAAACCUAGCCUCUGUAAUAAUAAAUUCAUUACAAGCACUUGGAAUUAACGAUAAAUAUAUGGUCGGUCAGGGUUAUGAUGGCGCUGCGUCCAUGAGUGGAAAUCUUAAAGGCGUCCAAACUAUUAUAAGGGAAAGUCAUCCAGCAGCACUUUACGUGCAUUGUAGUGCGCACUCUUUAAAUUUAGCGCUAGCUCAUUCGUGCAAUGUUCAAUACGUCAGAAAUUGUAUUGGUACAAUAAAAUCUAUUGGAAAUUUCAUUAAAAGUUCGGCUAUGCGGACAAAUAUAUUAAAAACUAAAAUAAAAAACAUUUUACCUAAUACCAAGUGGACUAAACUGACAUCAAUGUGUGACACUCGUUGGGUUGAAAACCACAACGGAAUUCAAAGAUUUGUUGAAAUUUUUCAACCCAUUGUUGAAACUUUGGAAGAAUUACAAUUAGUUCAAGACAUCAAUACGUCAUCAAAAUCAAUUCAAUUUUAUCGAGCAAUAGUUACUAGUGAAUUUAUAUUAAGUAUGGUUACAUCAAAUACUCUGUUUUCAAUGACACUUCCACUGUGUAAAAGUUUACAAUCAGUUAGUUGUGACUUAGUAGAAGCUGUACAACAUAUCGAGACAAUACUAAACGAAUUAACUCAUUUACGUGAAAAUAUUGAUCAUACGUUUAAUGACAUUUUUGAAAAACCUGAACUUCUUUUAAAAUCUAUUGACGGAGAAGAAAAUAUUAGAAUUCCCAGAAUAGUAGCUCGUCAACAAAAUCGUGUGAAUAUUGUUACUAAUUGUCCGAAAACAUAUUUUCGUAUAGCUAUUGCAAUACCAUUUUUUGAUGAUUUUAUAAGACAAUUAAAAGAACGCUUCACUAACCAUAAAAAAAUAAUAUCUUCGCUGUGCUUUUUACUUCCCAAUAAAUGUACUAAUUCCGAAUUAGAAGCAAGUGAUUUCGAAUUAUACUCAGAGUUUUUAGAUUUGGAUGCACUUUCGAACGAGUUAAGACUUUGGAAAAGAAAAUGGUGUGAUAAACCAAUAUUAGAACGAUCUCCUGAAAUACUUGAAGCAUAUUCAAAUUUAACUACGGCGACACCGGAAAGAACUUUUUCGACGCUGAAAAGAAUAAAAAAUUACCUAAGGAAUGCAACUGGAGAAGACCGAUUGACUGGCCUAGCAUUACUCAGUGUACAUAGGAAUAUCGUUGUAGAUCCAGAAGAA